AUGAUGCCCCUCCUAAACCAGGAGUAGUCGUUUCCAUAGAGACACGGCUUUCCAUGGCCAGUGAUGCUAAAGCGUUAUUGUUGCCUCGUUUAAAGUUCAACAAUGUCAAAGCUGUCUGCUGAUGAUGAGUUGCAAUUACAAACGCUCCUCAAGCAGCUUCUGAGAAGCAUCAGUGACAAGAUCUCUGGAGCACCAUCCCCUGAAAGUGCUGAAGAGAUCCUCCUCUGUUUGGAGGAGACUGACAAGAACUUCCACAACUAUGAGUUUGUCAGAUACCUCCGCCAGCAUGUGGAGAGCUCUAUGGGGACGGUGGUGGAGGAGGAAAUACAGAACUUAACCAGAGGAGGACAACAUGCAGUUGGAUCGGCACAUGACACCUUAAUUCAAGCUGCGACUCGGAGAACAAGAAACUCGGCUCAGUACCGUCUGAUGAUACAGACAUUAAAAAACACCAUGAUGGUGGUUGUGGAGUCUCUAAUCAACAAGUUUGAGGAAGACCAGCUGAGAAAGGAGGAGAUGAACAGAGCGAUGGAGCGGUGUCAGUCCAGCAGCCAGUACGCCGAUAACUGCUCAGACAGCGACUCCUCCUUCAACCAGAGUUAUGCUUUCAUCAGACAGGAGCAGCUGCAGGCGCUGGCGGAAAAACUUGACCCCAGCAAGCCCAAAGAGGUGCGGCGUGAGGCUCUGCAAGCUCUCUGCGGCGCUCCUCUUUCUGACGUUCUGAGCUGUGAGAGCUGGAAAACUCUGCAAGCGAACCUCUGUGCAGCUCUGACUGAACCUGACCUCAGCGAGAAUGUGCUGCGUUUCUUAGCUAAAAGCUUCUCCUCAUCUCCGCUGAACGUGACGCGAGAAAUCUACACCAGCUUCGCAAAGAGUGUAGAAUCAGGCUUUCGGUCUCAGGAGUUAAGCUUCCCUACUGGAUCAGCUACUGUCGACAUUAACACUCCUCAGAUCAGUCGUCUCCUCAAACAGGUUCGACUCAUGAAUGACUUUCAGAAAGAUGUGACGACCUUCUGGAUCCGUCACCCAGAGAAAUAUAUGGAGGAGAUUAUAGAGAGCACAUUCUCCCUUCUGUCCAUCUAUCAUGAAUGUGGCUCCAAUAGAGCAGAGAGAACACUGGAACCGGUCCACUUGCUGUCCUUACUCGAUAUUAAAGCUACCUGGUUUAAUAAAUGGAUGCACGGCUACUACAGCAGGGCGGUGGUUUUCAGGCUCCUGGAGAAAAAAUACAAGUCUCUGGUAGCAGAAGCUCUUCAGCAGGGCUUGCAUUAUAGUGAGUUGUUUGAAUGCGACACCAGUGAGGCCGAUGACCCUGGUUUGUCUCAGAGGAGCGUUUAUACCAGAAAGGAGCUUGAAUAUUCAUUCUUUGUUCACUCUCUGUGUGUCCUGGGUAAACUCAUCAUCUACACCGACGGACGAAAACUCUUUCCCGUUAAAAUCAGGACGCACAAAGAUCCAGUUACUCUCACAGACUUUAUUGUCAUCCUGAUUAACAUCAUGUAUCAACACCCCCGACCUUUGAGCAGCGACACCUCCCUGACAGACUCCUUGUCGCCCAGCAGUCUGGUGAUGGAGGUGCUCGGGAUGUUAUGUGAACGAACAGAAUGUGCUGCUGAUUGUCUUUACCAGACUCCUGUCAUUGAAACCCUGGUUUCACCUGUUGUUGCGCUACUUACUGAACAACGGACUAACUUGAAGUAUCCCGCAGCAACACAGAUCCUCAUUGCUGAUAUUCUGGCCCGCAUCGCAAAUACAGACAAAGGGUUAGAGAUUUUCCUAUAUGAGAAGAACCUUCUUGGUGCCCACGGUGAAAAAACAGUCGCCGCUCACAUCAUCGUACAGUUCACGCUGAGGCUGCUGAGUCAAGCCCUGCCAUCUCUGAGUGAAUCAGAUGAGUCUCAUUCGUUAUGUGGAGCUUUCCUCUUCGUCUGUAGGCAGAUGUACAACACCUGUGAGGGUCUGCAGGUCCUGCAAACUUACUCUCUGCACAAGGCCAUCGCUGCAGCAUGGCAGAAGACAAGUUCUUUAUCAGAAAGGAUUUCGACCCCCGUUUCUGGAGUUUGUACUGGAUCAUCCACCCAAGAAAUGGCAAACAUGCUCGUCUGGGAAGAUACUUUGUUGGGCAGUCUUCUGAACUUUGCUGCAACCCCUAAAGGCCUUUUGCUGCUACAGCAGACAGGAGCCAUCCAGGAAUGCGUGUCCUACAUGUUCUCCCGCUUUAGCAAAAAACUACAGGUGAGUCGCUGUGAGAAGUUUGGGUACGGAGUAAUGGUGACACAGGUAGCUGCGACUGCCCCAGGGGUUGCAGCUCUGCACAGUUCAGGUUUUGUCACAUCGCUGGUUGUAGAGCUGUGGUUGGCUCUCGAAAGUGGGGCUGACGAUACCAGAGUUGCGCAUCCCAGACCAACACCUAUGGACCCCAUAGACAGAAGCUGCCUGAAGUCUUUCUUGUCCUUGGUCAACCUCCUGUCCUCCUCCCUCGCCGUGUGGGAGCUUCUGGGCCGACAGCUUUUAGCUAACAAGAGUGAAUACACCCUGCGAGAGACGCCAACUUCCAUACCUGAUUUGAUUGACAGGCUCGUUGCUGUGAAUUCAGAUGUGAAGAUCCAUUCCCUGUUCCACUACGAGCAGUCUCAUACGUUCGGCCUGAGACUGCUCAGUGUGCUCUGCUGCUGCUUGGACUCCUUCCUGCUGCUGGAGAGCCAAUAUAACAUCUUCUCCAUGCUGGUGCAGAGACAGAGGGAAAACGUCACUGACCAAGACACCACAGAGGGGGUGAUCAUCAUUGACAGUCUGUCAGUGGAGAGGAAUCACAUAUUGGUUCGUGUAAACGUGGUGGGAGGUCCAUCUGAAAGAAGGCUUCCCUCUCGUGUCCUUGAAGAGGGGGAAGAUCCAUACUCUUGGCCGAUGUUUAUAAGCUACCCACCACCCCCCUGCUAUGUUCUGAACCUUCAGGAUUUUCAAAAUAACACAAAAGAGAGUGAGAUUAGUGCAUUUCUGGCUUCCCCGAAAGAACCAAAGAAUGAGGAGAACUGGUUAGAAAUCUGCCGAAGACAUUUCUGCGAAGACAUAUCAAAAUCCAACACUCUGUCUGGAAAGGUGCUGGCUGACCUUCUGGAGAAAGUUGUUGCCCAUCUAUCCAGCUCUGCCUCAAGAUGCUUCUUCUCUCCGGCUCAGUACAAAGCGGAGGAGAAAAAUGUGAAGAGUGUUGCGUUAUCAUCUGUGGAGCAGCUGGGCAUCAAUAUAUGCUUGAGGUAUGGCUGCUCCCUACAGAUACUGCAGGAAGAUUCAAUGAGUGACUUGGAGCUGCUAAUGAAACACAUAAAGACCUACCUGUCAACACAAAGAGUUAAAACAUCAUCAGGUCUUAUAAGUCAGCAGUAUGACUAUCCAGGCCAUGACUGGCUGGCCUCCACAGUUUUUCUCAUCAUGGCUGGAAACAUGGAGCGGUCUCUGCAACUGUUACUAAACCUGUCCUCUCUGCUUUUAUCAGCGUUCAUCUGGCCUGCACGGAUACAUGCUUCAGUCUAUUUUCCUCAGAAAGUGGCUGAAUCAGGAAUCACUCCUGUCUACUGGUGCACGGCUCAUUAUGUGGAGAUGCUGCUGAAAACUGAAGUCCCUUUGGUUCAUUCUGCCUUCAGGAUGUCGGGUUUCACUCCUUCACAGAUGUGCCUCCACUGGCUUACUCAGUGUUUUUGGAACUACCUGGACUGGAGCGAAAUCUGCAUGUACAUCUGCACCUGUGCGGUGAUGGGUCCAGAUUACCAGGUUUACCUGUGUGUGGCUAUAUUCAAACACCUGCAGCCUGAGAUCCUGGAGCGCACACAAUCCCAGGAACUGCAGGUUUUCCUCAAGGAGGAGCCAAUCGCUGGUUUCAAGUUCAGCAACUACCUAGAGUUUAUGAUGGGACUGGAGCGCAGAUACAGGAAGAUAAUUCUGACAGACAUGGAUAACAUCAAGAAUCCUCAGGAGUAGAACCUUCAAAACCCUUUUUAUUUUUUUACAAAAUGAAACAUUGACCAACUGUCAUUCUUCUCUGACUUUACCAUAAGCUUUAUAUAUAUA